CUCCUCACAGGUGAGUGACUAAACUUUCCGGGUCACGUGAGCGGGCGGAGCGGGUGAGGUCGGACCGAGCCAAGGACGCACUGACAGAGUUCGAGUGAGGGAUCGGGACCAGGAACCUGAACGAAGUAUAAGACGGCUAGGCCAGGUGCCCAUCCCAGGUGUCCCCGGUCCAAGAUGUGGUAGGAGCGGCGCGCACGAAAAGCCCCAUCCCUGGUGCCACCAACCCGUCACCCAGACCAUGGCGAACCCCACCGGCCUGGGGCUGCUCUUGGCUCUGGGCCUGCCUUUUCUGCCGGCCCGCUGGGGCCGAGCCUGGGGGCAAACCUCAAUAGCCCCGCCUACUUCUGCCCAUGACAACAGCACUGUUACAGAAGCUGGCUCAGCCCUGUCUCAGGAAGCCAUCACUGCUAUCACUGUGGUCUUUUCCAUCCUGGCUGCCCUGCUCCUGGCUGUGGGACUGGCACUGUUGUUGCGGAAACUUUGUGAGAAGCGGCAAACUGAGGGCACCUACCGGCCCAGCAGCGAGGAGCAGUUCUCCCACGCAGCUGAGGCCCAGGUCCCCCAGGACUCCAAGGAAAAGGUUCGGGGCUGCCUGCCCAUCUAGGUCCCCUCCUCUCCAUCCAUCCCCCCACUUCCUUGCUGUGUGACCUUGGGGGAAUGAAGGCAGAGCCCUCUCUGGGCAAUCAGGACCCAUCCAGUGCUUAAGAAUAGAAGGGAAGAAGGUGCUUCAAUUCAGACUUUGCUCCUGAGGGCAAGCGGGAAUGGGGCUGCUCACUUUUUAUAUAUUUAUAUGAAAUUGGUAGUAAGAU